AGCGAACUGCAUCUCCCGGCAGGCUGCGUGAAGGGAGGCGGCAGGACAGCCACACCGACCUUCCUGCGACUUCCCGGAGUCGGUCAGGUCCUACCUGGAAGAGGAUGGAGGAGACUGGAGGUCCCGGGGCCCCGGGACCCGGCGAGAUGCGGCCUCUGAAGCCGUGCCUGCUGCGCCGCGGCCUCCUGCCUGGAGGAGCUGCGGCGCAAGGCCUGUGACAUUUUGGCCAUUGAUGAGUCCCUGACACCAGUCACCUUGGUCCUAGCAGAGGAUGGCACCAUAGUGGAUGAUGACGAUUACUUUCUGUGUCUACCCUCCAAUACUAAGUUUGUAGCAUUGGCCGGCAAUGAGAAAUGGGUAUACAACAAUUCAGAUGGAGGGACAGCUUGGAUUUCUCAAGAGUCCUUUGAUAUAGAUGAAACAGACAGUGGAACAGGGCAGAAGUGGAAGAACGUGGCCAGGCAGUUGAAAGAAGACCUGUCCAGCAUUAUCCUCCUAUCAGAGGAAGACCUCCAAGUGCUCAUUGAUGUUCCGUGUCCCGACCUGGCUCAGGAACUAUGCCAGAGUUGUGCCACUGUCCAGGGGCUCCAGAACACACUCCAGCAAGUGCUUGACCAGAGAGAAGAAGCCCGUCAGUCCAAGCAACUCCUGCAGCUUUAUCUCCAGGCUUUGAAGGAGGAGGAAAGCAUCUUUUCAAAGCAGAAAGAGCCCAAAGCUGCCCUUAAUGAAGACGUGGAUGCAGUUGACAUGGGUGUCAGCGGAGAGAUCUCCAAAACUGCACUUACGAGCCGGAUCCUAACUGCACUGAAGGAGAAGCCUGCUCCCGAGCUGAGUUUGUCUAGUCAGGAUUUAGAGUUGGUUACCAAGGAAGACCCCAAAGCACUGGCUGGUGUUUUGAACUGGGACAUGAAGAAGACGGACGCUGCCCAGCAGGCCUGUAACCAGGAACUUGCCCUGCGCCUGCAGCAGAUGCAGAGCUUGCGUUCUCUCAGGAAUCUUUCCACAAGGAAGACCUCACUGCCUAGAGAAAUGCAGAACCCUAAACGGGCCAAACAGGACCCCACAUAACAGCCAGAAAUAUGCCAAGGAAAAUCCCCCAGCCUUGGUUUUGUGAUCAGUAAAUACCUUUACCCUGACCAUUUCACUAGCCCUGACCUCAGAGCAUGUUUUCCUGAAUAGGGUGGAAGGCUGGCUGUAUGUGCCCUCCGGAAAAGGGCCUCCCAGUCUCAGCAUAUGCCCUUCCACGUGUGUUGAAUAAUGUAGCUGCACCAUUGGUAGCCUACCUCCUCCAAUUACAUGCCCUUGUGUUCUCUGUUCAAAUGGGGAAGAGCAGUGACACAAAGUUGUCAUCUCUGAGAUUUAUUGUCCCUUUUUUUUCCCCUCUAAUUUUGCUAGGGAGCCUGUGCUCACCAGAGAAAGACUGAGAGAGAAGGAAUUGUGGAGGAUGGUCACGCCAUAAUCCCUUCUCCUCCAUCCCUCCCUUCUCUCAGGAUUUUGGGCAUGCAUGCACACAUGCCUGGUGUGUUUUUCAAGCUGGCAGGUCCAGAACUCAAACCAUACACGCAGUCAGCCAUGUGGAAUCCAGCUGCCUGAACCUCCACCCCACUAGCUGCCUUACUGUCUUUUUCCUAAAAUGGGACUGCAGAAUUUUCAACACAAAUGAUAGUAGGGAAUGUGACGUGAGUGUUGAUUAUGGCCACAAACUUAUAUCUCAAGUUAAUUAAUUUUUUUGUUUGUUUAAGGCACAUACUAAGUUCGCGGACCACAGGGACAUACUGAAUCUAACUCACCAUUUCUAAUAUCUAAUUUUGUAUUGUGAAAUUAUAUCUUACCACUGCGAAAUUCUUUUCAGUUUUCUAAUAUGUUUGAUCAGCAGGGGGUAUGAAAGGUCGUUAAGGCAGUUUCCACGUGCUAUGACUCCAAGUCUCUGGGUGUGGAUAGAAUGUGAACUGACAUUGCUGAAUCUCACCCCCAAAGCAGCUCAGGACAGCAGCAGAGGAGGAAUACAGAGGCACUUCUGGUUUAUAUACCUCUUGUUUCCGUACAAACUUGUUCUGCAGGUUUUGUAAUCUACAAUACGGUCUCCUUGCAGGGAAAUGAUGAUUAGUUCAUAUUGACUGGCUUGACUUUUUUUAAGCAUGCUUAGAUGAAAAUAGAAUGCUAUUAAGAGAUACGCUGGCUAGUUAUCAAGUAAACAAAUAUAACAAUAAAGGUGUGGUGCAGAAAGCAAUUAAACAACAGACAGAACUGUUUCCUUCUAUGAUCCUCAAGGAGUGCUUCGCUCUAUUCAGCAUCCUUUUACUAAUGCCUUACUCCAUUGGUUCUCACUUGUUAGUUCCUUUUUUAUACCUUAUUUUGUAAUGCCUCCUUAAUUAGCCUUAAUAAAAGCCACAGCUGAUAACCUA